AUUAACCCACUUAAAAUUAUAAAAAAUGAAAUUCAAUAAACGCAUCCUCUUUCUUCUUGCUGUUCUCAUUGUAUUGAUUGCCUGCGUUGCUGCACAGGUACCAGGGGCACCAGCACCAGGAGGCGACGGAAAAGCUCCAGCAGCACCAGGAGGUGACGCGGGAAAAGCACCAGCACCAGCACCAGGCGGAAAAGCUCCAGCUCCAGCACCAGGAGGCGCUCCAGCUGGCGGUAAAGCUCCAGCAGGCGAUGCAGGAAAAGCUGCCCCAGGCACUCCACCAGCAGGAGGUCCACCAGGAGUAACACCAUCAGGUUCGGCAUCACCACCGGCAGCAACACCAUCAACAUCAAGCGGGACUGCUGCCGCACCAAAAUCAUCACCAGGAACAACAGCAACAGGAUCCGGAAAUUCUCUUAAAUCUGAAAUUGGAGUUUCAUUCGUUGCUAUUGCCGUUCUUGGUGCUAUCCUCGCUUAAACUAAUUAAUAAUUCUAUCAUCUAUAAUAUUUUUCUUUGUAGUAAUUAUAGACAUUAUAAAUACUAUGAUCUGUACUGUGUUUAAAAAUAGAUAAUAAUAGCGUCGUGAUCGAAAUAAAAAAAUUUCGAACAUUAGAUUUUACUUAGUUACCAAACAAUAGAUCUUUUUUUUUGGUUAAUAAUUAUGGGUUGGAAAAUAGUAUAAUAAUUUGUUAAUUUUAAUUCAACUUUAUCGCGUGAAUAAUAAUAAUAAUAAAAGGAUUUUUUUUUUUUUCGUA